AUGCGUUUCUCUCAUUUCUUAAAGUAUAAUGCAGUUCCUGAAUGGCAGUCACAUUAUUUAGAUUAUAAUUCUUUGAAAGAUUUGAUUUAUACUUUACAGACAAAAGAAUUGCAAUUAAAUGACCAGGGCGCUGAGGAUACAUCAAAUGAGUUGGAUAUUUCUUUGAAAGAAAAAUUGAAGAAAAAAUUAUUAUUCAAAAAGAAAAGAGCCAAUUCUAGUGGUACUGACAAGACUGAGCAGGCUCCAAAUAGUUCUACAGUGGAAACUUUUUCUGUUAAUAAUUUCCAAGAUUUGGAAAAUAAUUAUAUUGAAUAUUCUUCUAAUCCAAAUGAUAAUAAAGAAAAAACUUUAAUUCAAGAAGAAACAAUUGAAUUAUCGAAUUUUAAUACACGUCCAAGAACUUCAACUUCUUCUUAUUCAUCAUCAUUAAAUUCAAUUCUUCAAGACCCAAAAGAUGUCUUCAUUCAAUCGUUAAACGUCCAAAAAUAUAAAAUUGAUGAAUUCUAUAAAAGAUUGGAAAAUAAAUUAUUAGAUAAAUAUGCUGCUUUAAUCAAUGAUUUAUUGUCACAAAAUAUUAUUACUCCAGAUUUCAAGAAAGCUUCAACUCCUUUACCACCAGAUUUAGCUGAGUCUGUAACUCCAGAGGAUUCUGAAGAAGAAGAAGAAGAAGAAGAUUUCACUAAUGACAAUACUGCUCUUCUAAAUUAUAAAGAUUUUAAUAUUGAAUCACAAAAGUUAUCUCUUUUGAAACAAACUAUCACAAAUUGCUAUAUUGAUUUAUGCCAAUUGAAAUCAUUUAUUGAAUUAAAUAAAUUAGCCUUUAGUAAAAUUACUAAAAAAUUUGAUAAAGUUUUAAAAUACAAUACAAGACAAGAAUUAAUUCAAUCUAAUUCUCUUUUUAAAGAUUCUUAUACAUUCACUAAUGACACAAUUUUCCAAUUAAACGAAAAAAUUCUACGUUUGAUCGAUUUUUACUCCAUUAUAAACAAUUAUACUAUUCUUGAAUCCAAAACAGAAUUGAAAAAAUUAUUACAUGAUCAUAUUAUCUGGGAAAGAUCUCUAGAAUGGAAAGAUAUGCUGGGUUUAGAAUCCCAUGAUUUAAACCAUCCUUCUUUAGAUAAUACUCCCACAGCAAAUGAUAUUCUAUUAGAAAAAUUACAUUUAACAUAUUAUAAAUAUCCAUUACCUUCAUUUUUACAAUUACAUUCCAAAUAUUUAACUUGGGAAAAUGCUGCAAUUCCAAAAUUUUUUUUCACUUGGAAAGCUGCUAAAAUCGCUUUUAUUUUUGUUUUCACCGCUAUUCUUUUAGGUGUAAAGACUUUUAAUGAUCGUGUGGAGGGUCGUUGUAUGGCUCUUGUGGAAUGUUGUGCUCUAUUAUGGGCUACUGAAGCUAUUCCAUUGUUUGCUACAGCUUUUUUAGUUCCACUUUUAACAGUCCUUUUCAAAGUGCUAAAAAAUUCAGAUGGUUCUACUAUGUCAGGUGCAGCUGCUUCUUCAACAAUUCUCUCAGCUAUGUGGUCUUCAACAAUCAUGAUUCUUUUAGCUGGGUUUACCUUAAGUGAAGCCCUAGCCCAAUAUGAUAUAGCAAGAGUAUUUGCCUCUUGGUUAUUAGCUGGUGCAGGUACAAAACCAAGAAAUGUUUUAUUAAUGGCAAUGGGGGUGGUAUUUUUCUUAUCAAUGUGGAUUUCAAACGUUGCUGCUCCAGUUUUAACAUAUUCAUUAUUAUCUCCAUUAUUGGAUCCCUUGGAUGCCUCAGUUCCAUUUGCAAGAGCUUUAGUUAUGGGUGUUGCUAUUGCCGCAAACAUCGGUGGUUUAUCUUCUCCAAUUUCCUCCCCACAAAACGUCAUCUCAAUGGAUUAUUUAAAACCUUAUGGAAUCGGUUGGGGCCAGUUUUUUGCAGUUGCACUACCAACAGGUAUUUUAUCAUUAAUUUUAGCUUGGGGUUUAAUGUGUUUAUCAUUUAACAUUAAUAAGACAAAAUUAGAAAAAUUCGUACCUGUUAAAACCAGAUUUUCCUUAAAACAAUGGUUUAUUAUUGGCGUUUCUCUUGCUACAAUUUUGUUAUGGUGUGUUGAAUCUCAAAUUGAAGGUGCUUUUGGUUCCUCAGGACAAAUAGCAAUUUUACCAAUUGUUUUAUUCUUUGGUACUGGUAUAUUAUCUACAAAUGAUUUAAAUACAUUCCCUUGGUCAAUUGUAGUAUUGGCUAUGGGUGGUAUUGCUUUAGGUAAAGCUGUUUCAUCAUCAGGCUUAUUAUCAACUAUUGCUUUAGCGUUACAGAAACGUAUCCAAAAUGAUGGGGUUAUGUCUAUUCUUUGUAUUUUUGGGGUUUUAAUGCUUGUUGUUGGUACAUUUGUCUCACAUACAGUCUCUGCUAUUAUUAUUAUCCCAUUAGUUCAAGAGGUUGGUGAUAAGUUACCAGAUCCUAAAGCUGCUCCAAUUUUGGUCUUUGGCUGUGCCUUAUUGGCUUCUGCUGGUAUGGGUUUAGCCUCUGCUGGUUUCCCUAAUGUUACAGCUAUUUCAAUGGUCGAUAAAAAGGGCAAUAGAUAUCUAAAUAUGAUGAUGUUCCUGUCAAGAGGUGUUCCAGCAUCUCUGAUAGUAUUCGUCUGUGUUAUUACUUUAGGUUAUGGUAUCAUGCAUUCAGUCCUACAUUAA